AGACCUUUUAAAUCUCGUUUGUAUUCCUCUCUCCCACCCUACUGAAAACCCUCUCUCCCUCUCCAAAUUCCCCCCACGAAAACUCUCUCCCUCUCUCUCUGGAACGGGUUCCAGCCCGGCAGUAAGAGCUCUGGCGUCUCCGGCGAGAUAAAAACUGAUCUCGCCUCCGUUCUCUGUCUCUCUCCGCUGGCGUUCUUCUCUACCGGUGCCGUCUCCACCGCCGGUGUGUUGUUUGCCGUGUGUGGUGGUCUGCGAGAAGUGUGCUGUGGUGGUGUGGUGGACCGUGUGGAUGCAGUACUGUGCCGUGCGUGCCUCCUGGGCUGUGCUGUCGGUGGCCCGUAGCCGUGUGUUGUGGGUGUGCGAGGUUGGCCGUAAGUUGUGAUCCGCGUGUAGCUGGUGGUGGAGAGCAGUCGCAGUGGUGUUACUGUGGUUGGGGCCGUGCAAGGAGGCCGUGAGUGGCGGCGCGAGGGGUGGCUGGCGAAUUUAGGAGUUGCUUUUGUUUUUGUGAAGAGAGAAAAAAAAAGCCUAUCGUUCAAACAGUAAAAAUCCCUCGGUUCCUAUCACAAAAAUGAGCCGAUUACAAGGGCCUUCAUCCCUGAAGCGUAAACAACCAGAAUCAAAUUCAUCUUCGAGGUCUUUGACAGAACAUGAACGUAUCCUCUAUGAUCUGAUUAGAAGCAAACAAGACAUGGCAAUUUGGACAAGGGACAUGAAACGGGAAACAAACCUCCCUGACAAUGUGGUUACCAAAUCCCUGAAGUCGCUUCAAGCUAAGAAACUGAUAAAAGAGGUAGUCAACAUCCAAAAUAAAGGUAGAAAACACUACAUAGCGGCGGAGUUUGAACCAUCAAAGGAAAUCACUGGUGGGACUUGGUAUGUUGAGGGAAACCUUGAUACUGAAUUUAUAAACUUUCUGAAAAAGCACUGUGUAAAGAUCAUAUAUGAGCAGAAGGUUGCUACACUGGAGGGAAUUUUGGACACAAUCAGGAAGAGUAGAGCCUUCAAUGUUGAGUUCACGCCACAGCAAAUUAAAGAGAUCGUGAAUGCUUUGGUUUUUGACAAUGAGGUAACUGAGGUGGAAAGCAAUGGAAUGGGGGAGUUUGAUUAUAUUCCUGUUGGGAAAGUUUGUUAUAGGUGCACAAGCAAAGGAGGCCUUAAGGGGGAACCGAAAAAAGGCGCCAUGGCUUCCAUUCCAUGUGGAGUUUGUCCACAGAUAAGUUUAUGUACAGCAGAUGGCAUAAUUUCCCCGCAGACCUGUGUCUACUUCACUAAAUGGUUGGACUUCUAAUUAGAUUCCUGCCAAGUUUCCGAUAUGGUUACAUGGGGUUUCUCUCUUCCUUUUCUUAUCUCUUUUCAUUCCCCAUAUAGGGUUUCUUUCUUUCUUUUCUUAUCUCUUUUCGUUGGGGGCAGUUUUAGUGCCUCAAUUUUAUUUAUUUUGAGUUUUGUUUUCUAGCUUCUUGAAUCUCUUUUUGGUUGUUACUGCUGCUUGGGAUAUACAGAAUUGAAUAAGCAAAUGUUGAGCUCCUCAAGAAUGAGUUGAUACUUUUUGGUUGUUA